AUGGAACUUUGUCCGACAGACUUAAUGAAACUUGCAAAACAUAAAAUUUCUGACUCUAAUUUAAUUAAAUAUGUGUUUGAAAUGAUCGGAUGCAUUAAAGUAUGCCAUGAUUUCAAUAUUGCACACAACGAUAUAAAACCUUCUAAUUUCUUACUAGACCAAUACGGUCAUGUUAAAAUCUGCGAUUUUGGUCUUUCCAAAAUAUAUACUGAAAAUCCUAUGAGUUUCGAUAAAAAGGGUUCAAAAUAUUAUAUGGCUCCUGAAAUGUUCACAAAUGGUAUGUAUAAUCCAAUUGUUACAGAUAUUUGGGCGUUGGGAGUUACAAUUUACUAUUUAUCUACUUCAACAUACCCUUUUGAUGCAGAAACAGAAGAACAAUUAGUUGAAAAGAUUAAUAAUUGCAAAUAUUCUACUGAAAAAAUCAAAGAUGAUAGAUUAAGAGAUUUGAUUGCUAGAUGUUUAGUUGUGAAUCCAAAUGAAAGAGCAAAUGUAAAUGAGUUGCUGAAUAUGCCAUAUUUCUCUGCACCAAGAGCAAAUACAUGGUUAGAACCUGGAGGAUUAUAUAAAAAUAGAAAGAUUUGUAAAACUCAUGAUUGCAUUUUAAAGCCAAAAAUCGAGAAUAAUUCCCCAUUAUAUCGGAGAAUGUUUCCACAUUCCCAUCAAGCUCGUGUUAGAUAUACUUCUAAUAACUUUUAG